CCAAAAAUAACCUCAGCUUCAACUCUUUCAGCCGUUGUCCCCAGUAACCAACAUGGCUGGUGGUUGUGAGUACGGUUGAAAGAGAUUUUAGCCCAACAUAUCCUGCUCCAUCUCUUGUAAUAACACCUCUGUAUUGAAGAUGUCGGGGACAAGUGUUGUGCCAUACUCUCCUCGACAGAAGAAAGCCACCACCCAAGCGGCCAUUGACUCAUGUAACGACAGUGUACCUCCAUUAGAUUUCUCAUUCUACAAACUGUCAUCUGUACAAGAUGUUUAUGACGAGCAGCCCCGCGCUGUCACAGUCAAGAAGGGCGAGUCAAGUCCUCGUGUGAGUAAAGACAACAAAUCCAAGGGCCAGUGUCUCCGCCUCAACAACAACCAGCUGUCAGAUAUCAAGCUUCUGUCCGAGGUGGCAGGAAACUUCUUCAGCAACCCCGGGUCUCUCGGCUGGAUUGACCUGUCCUUCAAUGACCUGACGGUUAUAGAUCCUGUGCUGACAGAGUUUGAGAACUUAGAAAUUCUGUAUCUCCAUGGCAACAAUAUACCUAAGAUCCAGGAAGUGGACAAACUGCAGAAUUUAAGGAACUUACGUAAACUGACAUUGCAUGGCAACCCUGUCGAGGAGUUCAAGGGCUACAAGCAAUACAUCCUGUCUCUCAUGCCCUGGCUGCUGGGACUGGACUUCUUCCGCAUCACCAAAGCCGACUUGAAAACUGCAGAAACCUGGAACAAAAUGAGCAACAAGAACAAGCCGAAAAAGAAGACAAACAGUGAAGAUUAAUCCUCUCAGUCCCAUCAGGCCCCACUACUCCAGUUUGUCUGUUCCUAUGGUUACCUGUAAACAACGGGUGACAGGUUCAUCACUAUCGUCUAUGCUGCAUGUCAGGAUCACAGACCACCAUGACUGUGAGGACUGAAGUUUUCUACCACGAGCAUUCAGCAACCGUCCACUGGGUGAAGGUCGUUGUUGGACAUCACAUGUGCUAAGCUGUCAAUAUGAAUGUAUUUGUUGAAUGCGAAUGAAAAUAAGCAAUAAUGUCCAUGAUUAAAGACAUGCCUCUUGUGCAUUAGCAGGGUGAUGUAAAAAAUAUUGUUUUUUAUCUGAAGUUUUAAAAUGUCAGUAUAAUGAACAGAUUUGUGAGUUGAAAUGUUUUAUGUAUUUAUUUAUUACCAUAUUCCAUUGUUUUAGUUUGAAUUAUCAUUUUUUAAAAUUGUCAGUUGGUAAUAAUUGUUACUGCAGUUUAGGACAAAAUGUACAAGUACAUGUUUAAUUAACUAGAUACAUUUCAGACUAGCUAAAAAACUGGUGAAAUGUUUUGUUGAGACCAAGUGUUCCAAGAAAUGUUGCAUACAUCAAAACAAACAAAACCUGACGUUGUGAUAAAUCAUGACAGUGAAAAAAAAGACACAUUCCAAAAUGUAAAUUUCUUUAUUAAGAAUUCCAUUGUCUUGUAUGUGGUUACACCAUUGGGGAGAAACGUUCAAAAGAGAUUAAUUGCUUGGGGAUUAUUAAUGUAAGCUGUUCGGUCUUGAACCAUUCUCAUUUCUAGAGAUGAUUAUGUAACUGGAACAAUCAGCUGUGAUGUGAUACAUGUAUUAUAUUUAUACAAAUCCUUGUACCUUCUAUUUCCUUUGUGUACCGAUUACAAUACAGGACCUUCUGUCCCUGAUCCACUGUGGUCCUUGUACCCAGGAAAAGUUAAGCCUGACAGAGAGUUUGGAUGAAGAAAUGAGAGACUUGUUUGUAGUGAGUGAGUCGACCAGCUCAACUUUUCCUGCUUUCUUUGAAUCUGUACCUGCGUGUGUCGUAUUAACAGAAGUCAUAAAACUGUCUCCAGUCUA